UUGCGUCUUGACGGAUCUCGUUAAUAAAAAUUCCGCAGCUCUUUAAAUAACUGGUUUGUCAAUAAAAAUAAGAUAAAUGUUUGAUUAACUGCAACUUUAAUGUUUGAGUCGAAGCAUUAUUAAAUUUUAUAAUCUCAAAUUUAAAAAAAUGGUCAAAUAGUUAAAAUGAAUGGUUAUUGUGGAAAAGGAGUUUUAUAUUUUUAUAACCUGAUACUGAUAGGAGCCUCUGGUGUAUUUAUCUACUUAUCUGUGUUGUUUGUUUGGAUAUGGGGUGAUUACUGUACAGUAGUUGCAAACAUUUAUGCUGUUGUUCCGUCUUCUUUAAUUCUUUUUGCUGGAAUAUUAGUCCUGGUCACCGGGCUGAUUGGUUUCAUUGGAACAUAUAAUGAAAGUCGUUGCUCGCUUGGUGUACUAUUCACGCUUCUAUUUAUGAUGUUGUCUAUUGAGAUUGUUUCUGGUACUCUUACUUAUAUUGGGAAACCAAAGAUCAAUGAUGGCAUCAAAAAAAGUCUUUGGCUAGCAUUCAAUGAAUACUACUCAAAAGACUCAUAUUUAAAAAGUUCGUUUGAUAAAAUGCAAAAAGAAUUAAAAUGUUGCGGUGUAAAUGGACCCAAUGAUUGGUUAAAUAUUUCUUAUGUAAUACCUGACUCAUGUUGUAUUCAUUCUGGGAAGAUAUGCUAUCUACUGCCUGAUAAUUUAUAUAAUAAGGGAUGUUUUGAUGAAGUUUUAAACUCAUUUAACCUAAAUCUAAAGAAUAUAGCAGGAAUACUUAUUGGAUUUGCAGUGUUUCAGGAGGGCAACAGCCUUAAUGACGAAAGAUUUCCUGUUGUUUCAGAGAUUUUCGGAAUGAUUAUCACAACUUAUGUUAUAAUUAUCUUAAGGAAGCUUGGCUUGUCGCGUCUAAUAUUUUCUCCUGCUUAAACGUUUAAAUAGGUUAUAUAUAUAUAUAUAUAUAUAUAUAUAUAUAUAUAUAUAUAUAUAUAUAUAUAUAUAUAUAUAUACAUUCCUGAAAACGUUUUUUGUAUACUUUUUAUAUUUAUAAAUGUUUUGAUACAAUUUCUUUUUUGCUGAAUUUGAAUAGUUAAAUGAUUUGUUAUAUACAAAAUGUUAUAUUAUUGCAGAAUCUGAAUAAUAAUAUAUAAUUUAUUAUAUACAAGUUUUCCAGAAAACAAAUAUUUAAUAAAUUUAUUUUGUAUUUUAUAUGAAAAAUAAUAGAUUUUCAAAAUACAUUCAACUACCCAGCCGGCAUUUGGUUCCAAAAAAUCAUCUUUUGAACGUUUAAAAGACGUCUUUUUAGGACUAAAUGUCAGAUAGGUAUUUAUAUAUUCCUUCGUAUACUAUUAUUUUUCUUUAUGCAACAUUUUUCUUAGAAUUUCUUGUGUUUUUGUAAAUUUGUACCACAGUGGUUUGUUUAAUGUUGAAAUUUUUAUGAUGUGAGCAUACAAAAUAUA